CUGAAACUCAACACCAAAAAAGCAAGACACCCUUGCAUUUGCUGCAGCUGAGGCCGGAAGGCACUCAAUCCUACCUCUUCAUACGGCAGCGUCCGUACUUAUUGAAUUUCUCAUUUGUAGACUGCAUUGAGUCGUUUUUGACGAGUUCUUUAGGGUUUUUACGGUAUUUACGAGUUUUGUGGUUUCUUGUGAUCUAUUCCUAUAAUUAUUUUCUCAUUAUCCAUCUUUCGUUUCAUAUUAUUUCUUCUCGUUCCAAUAUGUCAAACAGCAUUCUAGAAGAACAUCAAAAAAUUUCUUGUCUCUUGUCAAAAUUUCUGUGUGUUACGCAGGAGGAAUGGCCAAACAUCCGAUCGUUUGCAAUUGAGUGUUUACAGAGUCUGCUUCGGGAAGUUUGGGAUGAACGCUGGCGUCUUCGAAAGUCAGAGACGUUCACAGUACCGGACGAUUUAGCCGAAAAUUGUGUACAGUUGAUGGCUCGGUGCUUUCAACAACACGUUGACCUUUUAAGUCCUGAGCUUUUUAUGCAAUUUGUUGCUUGUAUGUUACCCUCAAAAGCCGAACAGACGUGGGCUGUCUGUCAACUGGUUCCGGUUGAUCAGGCGUUUGAAUCGUCUCUACAACAGUGCUUUCACGAACCCAGCUGGUUAGAGUCCCCUUCUUCCUGUUGCUUAUUAUGCAAUUGGUCCAUUAUUCAUGCUUUCUCCAAGGAAUCCCUUUAUCCCUCCGUAUUCGAUCUCCUUACCACCAUCUCGUCACUCUCUUCCAAACAAACCCAGGGCGAUGCUUCUAGUGCCCUUGCAGAGUGCAAAUAUUGGUUAGCACAAAUUGUUGAGAACAGUUUACUAACGGCUGAGGAGGACUCAUUUGUUUUUUACGUGGAGAUGAUUCUCGAGUCAGUCGAGUUUCACGACUGUGUUUCCAUGCUACUAGAAAAUGAGCAAUUGCUGCAACGCAUCCGUCGAAUUAGCAAUCCAGAAGUAAAGCUGAACAUUGAUUUCUUCAUCAAAAAGUUUCGACAACAACAAUCAGCAAAGGCACCGACACAAUCCACAAAAUCAGUUUCCCUGGAAGAACCGUCGAACGCGUAUCAAGUGGACGACGGACUUGUUCAGGAAUUGCUGGAACUAUUCCCCCAAUUAUCCUUGGCAGAUGCUCGUCAUCAUCUCCUAGCAGCAAACAAUCGCUUGGAUCUAGCAACAGAGUACGUUUUGUCUGGUGCACCGGGGCCAGCGGAGGCAAGCUCAUCGGCUGCCACAAGUACCGUCCCUGCAAAACCAGUCAAAUUAGGAAAGCAUGUCACGUCUACCAUCGCUUCAAAACCCACAACUGUAUCGGGUUCAGGGCCACGGACUAUUUUUGAUAAUGACGAGAUUGACCGGCUGGAGAUUUCGCCUGAUCGAGUAUACAUGAACAAAAAACCAGAAGAACCUGAUGUUUGGAAGCGGCCGAUGCGCCAUCUUGACAAGGAAAAGGUACUGAAACUUGUUGAACUCUCUUACGAAGAUGAAUAUGAUGACACGUAUGAUGCUGUUGAAGCAAUGACUCCUCAUGAUCCGGGCGUUGGCGAUGAUGAUGCAGAGGCCGCUGCACAAGAAGUUCGGGAACAGCUUCAGUACACCAACUCUAUUCUAUACAACGCUUACGAGCAGAAUCCAUCGCUUUUCGACCCGAAAGCGAGAAAGACGCAAGAGCGUGCGGAUCUGCUAGCUCAACUUGGAAAGGGAUUCACACACGAACAAGUGGAGGGCUGGCGACGCAUGUACACACGAGACCCAAAGUUCGCUGCAGAGGUUCGGCAGACUGUUGUGUUUGGUUCGGGCAACGCGAAUACAAGCUCAAAUGUUAAAAGAACACACUUUCGCCAAAGUGAACACACAGAUAACGACGAUGAGGAAAAAAGCAACGGACAUGGUCAACAUAGGCCCAGUCGUCCGCGCAAGAAUCCGGCUCUUGCCAAGAAAAAAUACCAACGUUCAAAACCAAACUCGAAACCCAGCUCAAAACCAAAAGGCAAGCCAGGAGCAAAAGCCUCCGGCAAGAACGACAAAUAGCUUGUCGCCAAUGUACUCACGAAUACCAACACAGGAAGAGUUUCGCUCUUCCCGUCAUCACUAUCCGACUGCUGUUUAUCCAUAAUCCAUAGAAAUUACUUUCGAACGCGAAACACUCUUUUGUCACUAAUUAUUGAAUAGAAACAACAGCAUCCCCCAA